AGCCUCUGCCAAUUUCAACCGUUGGAAGCCUACCCUUCCCGCUGACCCGUCCAUAGCACAACAAACCAUGUACCUUUAGCAGCAGUUAUUGUACCUCGAUGGAUCUCCUCCGGUGCUCCGCCGUCCGUUUCCCUAAUACUUAUCUCCGGCGUUCGCCACUUCGCCCAUGCUUCGCCGCCGUGAGGUCGAGUUUGAGCCUCCCAUUCCCUGAGCAGAAAGCAAAAUAUUAUAGAGAGCUGGAAGCUGCCGUUGAUGUUGUCGAGCGAGCUUGUCGUCUUUUCAUUGACGUGAAGAGCUCAUUGUUCUCCAAUGAUGAUAGGAUUCUUGAGAAAAAUGACCAAACCCCAGUCACUAUUGCAGAUUUCGGCGUGCAGGCUUUGGUUAGCUUCAGUAACUCAAUUUGCUUUUCUUGAAACCUUCUUUAGUUUUUCCUUGAUUAUUGAAUUGAAAGUGUUGCAGUUUCCAACAAUACUUUAUAAAAUUGGGAAGCGGAAAAGACACCAAGCAUGUUGGAGGUUUGAUUUGUCUUACCACAUGCUUUUCCUCUAUUACGAAUGUCCGUCCACCUAUUACAUGUUCUUCAAGUUGCUUUCUGCUUCAUAGAGUAAAUAAGGUUGUAUGCUAGAUUGAUACUGUAAUGGUACCUCCCUCUAAUUGUCCAACGUUCUGCUAUAACAUCCAAAGCAACCGCCAAUAAUCUAUUGAGGAAGACAUGAACACUUUACUUUGAGCCAAAGCAAUAAAUACCCAUGGAAUGCAUUUUUCUUGUUACAUGAAAAUGUACCUAAUCAGCUAUCAAAUUGUUUAACAAUGAUCAGACAUGAUGGACACUGUCUUCUUUCCCUUCUGACUCUCUCUUUAUUCUCUUGGAACAGAGCUGAAUUGUUUCUCUUACUCUAUCACAUCCUAUUCUGAUAGAGAUGAACAGACUCUUCCCUUCCAUUCCUUUGGUGGCUGAAGAGGAUUCAUCAUUCUUGAGGUCAACUAAUCUAGUCGGAUCAGUGGUUGAUGUGAUUGUGAAUAAAGCAACUCUCAGAGAUGAAGUAACAGAAGAUAGUGUCUUGAAAGCAAUUGACAAAGGGGGAAAGGAUGCCUGUACUUUUGGGCCAAAGCCAGCCACAUACUGGGUACUAGAUCCCAUUGAUGGGACACGAGGGUUUGUUAAAGGUGUUGAAGCUCUCUAUGUGGUGGAUUUGGCUCUUGUGGUUGAAGGACAGAUUGUCUUGGGAGUUAUGAGGUGCCCUAACUGGGAUGAAGAUUAUUUUGUUAAUCGUGCCACCGGGGUCCACGAAACUGGAAGCAAUUUCUCCAGAUCAGGGAUGAUCAUGGUUUCUCAUUUGGGUUGUGGAACAUGGAAACAAAGGUUGUCAGACAUGUUAACCAUCAAGUUGCCUCAAAGUUGGACAAGAUGCUAUGUCGAUGGGUGCCAAGUACUUAAGGAGGCACGUUUUUGUACUCCAGAAAGUCAAAUAUGGGAAUCUUUGCCUCUAUCAUCCUCAUUUAAUGCGAAAACAAACUCUGAUAAAAUAGGGAAUGGGGACAUCCUUCUUGUGCCUGCAUGCUGUGGAAGUUUGUGCAAAUAUAUGAUGGUGGCUUCUGGUAGAGCAUCAGUUUUUCUUCUUCGUGCAACAACCAGAAAAGUUAUGAAGAAAAUCUCUGGCUAUGCCCCUGCUUGGGACCAUUCUGUUGGAAUCAUAUGUGUUCAUGAAGCUUGGGGAAAGAUCAAAUUGCGCGGAGAACUAUAUUUCCUUCUGGUGGUUUUCUCGUGACAAAUCAUAGCUUACAUAACGAGAUACUUGGAUUGAUCUCCUCCAACUCACCAGUUAUUUGAUGGAAUUCAGCAUUCUUGUCAUUCAUAGCAGACAUAGCGAGAUGGUCUGACUAAUCUCUUCCAAUCCAUCAAAUUGAUUGACUGCACUAGGCAUUCUUGUGACAAAUUAUACCCAAGUAUUAAUCAUUGUCAGUAUAUUGGCUUUGUUUAUUAGCAUACUUGCAUUCUUUGGGCCUCAAGUGGCUAACUUCAACAUAAAAUCCUCCAAGUAGUGAAUCUUCAUAAAGAAUGAUUCAUUUAUUACUGUACACUGAUAGGUAACACUUACCUAGACCCCACUUGUGAGAUUCCACUGGGUUUGUUGUUGUCGUUGUGACUGAUAGCUAACACUUCCGAAGUGCAUUGUCACUAAUUCUUUCAUCAGAAGCUGUUGCAACACAAGGAAUGUUACCCAUUUAUUGUUUUUAUUUAUACAAGUAGGAUUUCUGAGUUCGGAAAAUGUUGUUCAAACAACUUCGUGAUUGAAAGAGCCUGCAUUAUCAUCUA